CACCGUGGUUCUAAUUUUACGCGAAAAUUGCAAUUUUCUGUGUUUUUUCUACAUUCUCUUUUAAAGCGGACGUUGAACACGGCAUUUAGAAAUAAUCGUACAAACAAAUAAACCACAAUUAUUAAUUUACAAAGUUUAAUAUUACAAGUUAUUAAUAAUUGAACAAUUAAAAUAAACAAAACUUAAUAGAGAGAGUGGAAAAAAAAACAGGUGCACAAAUAGACGAAACACAAAAGAGAAAAAACAACGAAUAGACAAAAUACAGAGAACAAAUUAACAAAAAAAGGAGGCGUAUAGUUGAAUAAAUAAAAAAUAUCAGAUUUAAUAGAGAUGCAUAAAUUAUAAAUUGAUGUGAAAAAAAUUGAUUUAAUAAACAAAACACGUACGCAGUAAUGAAACAUUAAAUAUAAAAAAACAACAACAAAUUAAAAGAAAAAAAUUCUAGAAUUCAUAAUUAUGGAAAAUUGAAAGAUAAACAGAGGAAAAACAUAAAAAGAAAAGGAUUAUGUGAGACUUGAGUGUGUGUUUCAGCCGAGAAAAAUUGCUUGUUUUUAGUUUGAGUUCUUUGUUUCGGAAAACUUGUAAAAGUUGGCCCUUAUUCUUUACUACUGGCAAACGUAUUUUCGUUUUUAGGCCAUUUAAGUUCAAUUACCUUUUAAUUAAAAUAUAAAAUAUUAAAAAAAGAAAAAAAAAAUCAAAUUUAUAUAAUUUUGAUUUUUGUAAUAAUUUAAAGAAAAGAGCAGUGGCGGGGGUCAUUAAACUGAAGUGUAAGUGAGUUGUCUGUGCAAUUGCUAAUAGCAAACACAUAUUAAUAGGGAGAGGUUUUUGCUAUUUCUCUAGUAAACCUUUAAUAUGUGGAAGUGUCACAAGUGCGGUAAACCCGUCUACUUUGCGGAACGCAAACAGUCCUUGGGUUAUGACUGGCAUCCCGAGUGUUUGAGAUGUGAAGAAUGUGGCAAACGUUUAAAUCCCGGACAACAUGCAGAGCAUAAAGGUGUGCCUUAUUGUCAUGUGCCAUGUUAUGGUGCUCUUUUUGGACCCCAACUAUUUGGCCAUGGUACACGUGUGGAAUCUCAUAAAAGUUUUGGCAACAAAACUGCUUUUAAUAGACCCGGUCAACAGAACGGUCCCUCUUUACCCAGAGAUCAUUUGGAGUCUAAAUUAAAGGUUUACAAUCAAUUCUAUGACAAUAAAAGUAUGGAAGUGAGAAGCCGAGAAGUUAACAAUCGUUUAAUACUCGAAGGAGCUUUGCGUGUCUACUGGGGCGUGCAAGGUGUUAUACAUUUGAAGGAAGAUGAUGAUCAGCGUACAUUUGUAGUGCGUAAACGUAAUUCAUGUCGUGUAUCAAAAGCUGAUAAUGAUGCUUCUGACAAAGAAAACAAUGAUGGUACUGAAUCAUUUGAGGCUGCUACCACAACAAGCGAUCAAGUAGAUGCCAUUUCCACAGACGUUUCGUUAAGUGAGAGUAUGACUUUUGAUUCAUGCAGUUUGAAUGAAUAUCCAGAAUUGCCUACAACACCCGAAGAUGCUUCGGCUCAAACUACGGGUUCCAGUGUAACAGAAACCCUUACGAAUGGUAAACAUGAAGAAGAUUCUUCUUCUACUACCACCACUUUGUGUGAAGAGCAGUCAACAUCGAAUAUCACAUCAACAACAACAACCACAAACAAUAACACUAACAAUUGUGUUAGUUCCACAUUGCCCUCGAAAUUGGACAAAUUGGAAAAGUUAGAUUGGGAUGAAAUUGAUGAUCUGUUGCAGGUGGAAAGACGUGUCAGUGAAAAAGAUAAAGUUUAUGAAACUAUGCCAGUACGUCUGCCCUCGGCUUCGCCUCAAAACUCUUCAUCUUCAACCCCUACUUCCGAAAGUUCUAAAACAAUGUCGAAUCAAAAUAGCACCGAUUCAACAAAUAUCGAAGAGGCUUCACCCUCGAAAACUUCUUCCUCCUCCACCACCACAUCACUGGCUAGUUCUUCCUCCUCCUCCACUACAACAACAACUUCUUCCGAUAAUUUUCUUACAGCCACUGCCUCAUUGAAUACGACUACUACGGCUGAUAGCAGCACAAAUGCCAAUACCACCACUUCAACCACUACCGUAGAUAAUUACGAAACCUCCGAUGAUGCCACUUUGAAACCCAUGGAUUUUGAAGACUUUAAACGUAGCGUCCACCAAGACUACGUCAAUGGUGCCAAUUCUUUCCAGGAACACAAUGAUGAUACUCUUAAGCGCAAUCAACCUAUAGAUCCUUCACGUAUACACGAUUCCCUUAAGCUGUACAAUGCUGCCGACAAUCCCAUGAGUAAAAGUUUUAAUUGCGAACAUGCUCUGCGUUCUAUAGAUGCUACUUUUAUAAAUGAUACUUUAUCAUUAAAAUUCAAUGAGGGUGGUUCGCCUCUAAAACGUUCACCCUAUGCUUUACAGAAAAGUGGUUCUGCGCAGGCGCAAUUAAUGGUUACAAAUGGUCGUUUCGAAAAGGGUAUAAAUCGCUCCAAAUCGGGACCUUCUUGUGUCGUCUACUCCUCCAGUGAUGACGAUGAUGAUUCGACUUUAAAACCACGUCUAAGGCGAGAUGGCACAGCAGGAGAUGAUCAGCAUAUUUCGGCUACUAUACGUAAAAGUGAUAUACCACCAAAAUUUAUACAAAUCAAAAUGAAUUGUUAUCCCAAAGAAGGUACCAGUGAUUGUGACUCCAGCCGCCAGGAUAAUGUACAAUCAACAACAUCACAAAGUGGUGCUGCGGCCGGCGAUGAAUUGACUCAGACGGAGUCUUUGUAUACAGCAACAUCAGGUGGUGCUCAUCACAAUAUGAACAGCAAUACGCAUCAUUUAGAUAAUGAUGAACAACCGUUGCAUAUUACAGAGGAUGGUGUAGUAUUGAGAAGACCACCUCGUACAGGAGCGGCAGCCAUAAAGAGACGAAGUGGUAAUAGAAGAUCCCGUACCAAACUAAAACGACGUUGUUCUAUUAAUGGUCACUUUUAUAAUCGUGAAACUUCAUUCUUUACGCCACCCUAUGGUUCACAAAUGUCCGUUUGGGUAACAUCACUGGUGACCACACAAGAGGUUAUAAAUUUGUUAUUGGAAAAAUAUCGGGUAGAUAGUGCAGUAGAGAAUUUUUCACUCUUCAUUAUAAGAGACAAUGGUGAACAAAAACGUCUCAAGGACAAUGAAUAUCCCCUAAUAACACGUAUUAUGAUGGGACCCCAUGAAGAUGUAGCCAAAUUAUUUUUAGUCGAUGCCAAGAAAACUGAUGAAAUAAGCAAUGAAGUUGCACAAUUUUUGAAUUUAUCAUUGCCAGAAUGUCGUGCUAUACUUGAACGUUAUGAUCAAGAAUUAGAUCGAGAAGUUACCAAAGUUAGAGAAAAAUAUGCGGAAUUGCGACGUCGUAUUGUUGGUCGUAUGGAAUCUCUUAAAGUUCAUUUAUAAAUGUUCUUCUUUUUUUCCCUCUCUCAAAUACUUUUUACUUUCCUUGAUGAAAAAAAAAAUCCAAGUUUUAAAUAUAAAAUUAAAGUGUUUAGUUUGUAUUAAAAUUUUAGCGGCACAAUUUAUUAUUUGCAAUUAAGAAACAAAAUAUUUAACAUUUUCCUUUAUGGUCUGUCCAAUUAAAGUUGCCCAAAGCAUUUUAUAGUGCGCGUUUAAAGCAGUAUUUAUUUACAAAACAAAAUAAUCUUAAUAUUUUUCGAACAAUCAAGUGUCAUAGCACAUUUUUUUUUUUUAAUUUAAACAUUUUUUAACUUUUAUUAUUACCAUUUUUUUCAUAUAUUUUACUUGUUUUAUUCUACUAUUAUUGUUGUUUAGUUUACUAACCAUUUAAUUCACCAAACCAACAAUUAAGUUUUAACUUUAUUAACCUAUUCAACUGAAACUCUGAACAAAAACAAACAAAUAAUUAACAAAAUAAUAUAAAAAAUAAAAACAAUUGAAAUCAAAACAUUUAAUUGUAAUAUUGAAAAUAAAGUGCAUUUAACAUAAAACAUAUAAAAUGUGUAAUGUGUUGAAUUGCACAAUUUAACAAUUGGUCUGAAUUUGAUAAUAGUUAAACAAUAUCAAUUUGUUUGUUUAUUUUACAAAUAAUGUAAUAAUAAUUAUUGUAGUUUUUAUAUAAAAAUUAAAAAAAUACGUUUUGUUUUUUUAAAAAUGCAAGAAAAACUUAACGAAAAAAAUAUAUAUACAUAUAAUAAAGAAAUCUCUAUAAAGUCCCCAGUGUUUAACAAAAAAA